AUGUGUUUGGAAAAGAUAGAGGGUGCAAAGAAUCCAGCAAACAUGUUGACUAAAUGUGUUGAUGUUGGAGGAGGUGGUAGUGAAAGUGGUGGGGGAUAUGGUGAAGGUGUAGAACAUAGAGGUGCAUAUGGUGGUGGAGGAGGAGGUGGUAGUGGCUGUGGUGGUGGAUAUGGAGGAAGUGCAGAACAUGGAGGUGCAUAUGGUGGUGGUGGAGGUGUAGAACAUGGAGGUGCAUAUGGUGGUGGAAGAGGGGGUGGUAGUGGUGGUGGUUAUGAUGCAGGAGGGGUUCCAGGAGGCAGGUACGGGGGCGGAGAAGGGGGAGGAAGUGGUGGUGGCUAUGGAGGAGCUGGGGUAAUACCUGGUAGUGGAUAUGGAGAGGGAGGUGGACAUGGAGGAGGUAGUGGAGGAGGCUAUGGUUCAGUAGGAGCUGCAGGUGGUGGAUAUGGAAGCGGUAGAGGUGCAGGUGGUGGCACAGGAGGAGCUUACGGAGGUGAACAUGGAGGUGGAUAUGGAGGGGUGGUGGAAGUGGUGAAGGAUGUGGCCAUGGUGGCUACAUUCCUUGAACUUCAUAACUCCUACCAUAUAUAUUCAACACCUUAA